ACUCCGUAAAGAAACCUCCUGCUUUAUCAGUUAACACUGCGCCAUCCCCACGAGCGCAACGGGUCUAUAUUUUUGUUAUGCCUUCAAGUGUCAAAAGGGUCAAGACAUUCAGAAACAACGCCAUUGUUAGGGUUUUAGAAGUGCGAAAUCAUCUAAAUGGAAAAAACGGAAGAAGAAGAAGAAGAAGUGGUAGCUGUCUUGAGACGGUUGCAAGAGUGCGUAGAUUCCCAUCCAGAUGACCCUUCCCACCAUUUUAAUCUUGGGCUGCUCUUGUGGGAAAAAGCUGAAGGCUCGAAGGAGGUCAAGGAAAAAGCAGCGGAGCAUUUCGUGAUAUCCGUGAAGUUAAAUCCAAAAAAUGGAGCUGCUUUCAGAUACUUGGGGCAUUAUUAUAGCAGCGCAGUAUCUGCAGAUACGCAGAGAGCUCUCAAGUGUUACCAGAGAGCCGUUUCCCUCAACCCGGACGAUUCCCUAUCGGGGGAAGCCUUGUGUGAUUUGUUGGAUGAAGGAGGAAAAGAGAGUUUGCAAAAUGCAGUGUGCCGGGAGGCUUCAGAGAAGUCCCCAAGAGCUUUCUGGGCUUUUAGGAGAUUGGGUUAUCUACAGGUCCAUCAAAAGAAGUGGUUUGAAGCAGUACAGAGUCUUCAACAUGGCAUAAGAGGCUAUCCUACCUGUGCUGAUCUGUGGGAAGCUUUGGGUCUUGCCUACCAGCGAUUAGGCAUGUUCACUGCAGCUUUAAAGUCAUAUGGGCGAGCCGUUGAAUUGGAGGACUCUAGAGUGUUUGCAUUGGUUGAAAGUGGAAACAUUUUUCUGAUGCUUGGUUCCUAUAGAAAGGGGGUUGAGCAUUUCCAACAAGCAUUAGAAAUCUGCCCUCUAAGCAUAUCUGCUUACUAUGGGCUUGCUUCAGCACUGCUAGGUUUGUCAAAAGAAUGCAUCAACUUGGGUGCAUUUAGAUGGGGAGCAUCACUGUUAGAGGAGGCAUCUAAGGUUGCAGAAGCGAGUACUUCUUUUGCUGGUAAUAUUUCAUGCAUUUGGAAGUUGCAUGGUGAUAUCCAGCUUACCUAUGCAAAUUGUUACCCAUGGAUGGAGGAACGUUGGAAUAUGGAAAUUGAAAGGGAAACUUUUAAUGACUCCGUACUUUCCUGGAAAAGGACCUGUUAUCUGGCUGCAAUGUCUGCCAAUAGUUCUUAUCAGCGGGCUUUGCACUUGGCACCAUGGCAAGCUAAUUUGUAUACCGACAUUGCAGUAGCUUCAGAUCUCGUUUGCUCUUUGAAGGGAACUUGUAAACAUGACCUCAAUGAUUGGCAGCUUCCAGAGAAGAUGUCCUUGGGCAGCUUGUUACUCGAGGGUGAUAAUAGUGAGUUUUGGGUGGCACUGGGAUGUCUUUCUCGUUACAAGGUGUUGAAACAACAUGCCUUUAUCAGGGGAUUGCAAUUGGAUGUAUCCCUUUCUGCUGCUUGGGCAUACCUUGGGAAGCUAUAUCGAAAAGAGGGUAUGAAGCAAUUGGCCAGGCAAGCAUUUGAUUGUGCCAGAAGUAUUGAUCCCUUGCUUGCAUUACCAUGGGCAUGGAUGUCAGCUGAUACGAAUGCUAGGGAGCCUGCAAGUGUAACAGAUGAAGCUUAUGAAAGCUGUUUAAGGGCUGUACAGAUAUUGCCACUUGCAGAGUUUCAAAUUGGUCUUGCAAAACUUGCUUUGCUUUCAGGUCAUCUAUCAUCUGCACAGGUAUUUGGUGCCAUCCAGCAGGCUGUGCAGCAAGCACCUCACUAUCCGGAAUCACAUAAUUUGAGCGGUCUUAUUUUUGAGUCACAAUUUGAUUAUCAAUCUGCUGUUGCUUCUUAUCGAUUAGCACGCUUUGCAGUCAACGCUUUUGCAGGCACUGCACCAAAAUCCCAUUUCAGAGAUAUAUCAAUUAAUCUCGCCAGAUCCCUCAGUAGGGCAGGGAAUGCCCUUGCUGCUGUGCAAGAAUGUGAAGAUUUAAAGAAGGAAGGUCUGCUUGAUGCACAAGGUCUGCAAAUAUAUGCCAUCUCUUUAUGGAAACUGGGCAGAAAUGAUGCCGCCCUCUCUGUGGUGAGAGAUUUGGCAGUGAGUUUUUCAUCCAUGGAACGGACAUCUGGGGCUGUUUCUAUUAGUUUCAUAUGUAGAUUGCUGUACUACAUUUCCGGCAAGGAAUCAGCAGUUAAUAGCAUUCUGAAAAUGCCAAGGGAACUACUUCAGAGUUCAAAAGUUAGCUUUAUAACAGCUGCAAUUCAUGCCUUGGAUCUAAAAAAUCGGCUUGGUGUAGUUGUUUCAAGCAGUCGUUAUGUUGUUGCAUCUCAGGAGGAAAACACAGAAAUGUAUUUUUUAGUUGCACUUGGUAAACUUAUCAAGAAUGGGUCAAAAAAUUGCCUUGGAUAUCAGAGUGGAGUUGAUCACCUUAGAAAAGUUCUUCAUCUGUAUCCAAAUAGUAGUUUAAUAAGGAACCUGCUCAGCUAUCUUUUACUAUCAAGUAAAGAGUGGAAUAACACUCACAAUGCAACUAGGUGCUGCAUCUUAGGGCCUUCUGACUGCAUCAAUAAAGGACUAAAAUCAGGAAGUGAGAUUCUUGGUGCUGGAACAGUUGCUUGUUAUGCUUCCAGCACUGGAGGCCAAAAAUUAUCUUUCCCAAUGUGCAGAUACCAGUGCCUGAGUGGACAGCAAGCAAUCCAACAACUCCAAAGAUGGCUACAUCAAGAACCAUGGAACCACAAGGCACGGUACUUGCUUAUACUUAAUUUAAUACAGAAGGCACGUGAAGAGAAAUUUCCUCAGCAUCUUCGUAUCAUACUUGAGCGGCUGAUUUUUGAGGCCCUUUCCAAUAAAUCAUAUUCAAAGAACAAUGUUUCUAGUCAAUAUCAAAAGUUCCAGCUUCUACUAUGUUCUUCGGAGAUCCAUUUGCAAGGUGGGGACUAUAUUGGCUCUAUCAAUCAUGCUAAAUCUGCUUCAGCAAUUUUGCUACCCAGUGGCUAUCUAUUUUUUGCACACUUGUUGCUAUGCCGUGCCUAUGCUGCAAAAAAUGAUUUUAUUAACCUGCAGGAAGAGUAUAUGAAAUGCUUGCAGUGCAAAACAGAUUAUUGCAUUGGCUGGAUAUGUCUUAAAUUUAUGAAAUCUCAAUACAAAUUACAAAGUGAGUCAAAUACCAUAGAAUUGAGAUUCCAGGAGUGCUUGGAAGAGACCAAGAGUCCAUGGAAUAUGUGGAUGGCUGUCUUUUAUUUGGUGAAGGGUCUGAUUUCUGCACGGAAUCAGGAUUUCCUUACUGCACAAGAGUUUCUUGCCCAAGCUUGCUCUUUGGCAGGUGCCGAGAGUUGCCUUUUUCUCUGUCAUGGUGCUAUUUGUAUGGAGCUAGCCAGACAGCAAUAUGAGUGCCAGUUUCUGUCACGUGCUAUAAAGAGUCUCAACAGGGCUCAAGAGACUUCUCUUGUACCCUUGCCUGUUGUGUCACUGUUGCUUGCUCAAGCUGAAGCAAGCCUUGGUUCCAAAGAUAAUUGGAGAAAAAACCUCCAUCUUGAGUGGUUUUCUUGGCCGCCAGAAAUGAGGCCUGCAGAACUCUUUUUGCAAAUGCAUUUGCUUGCUAGGGAAUUGAAAUCUUGGUCUGAAUCUUCAUCCAAUUUAGGAUCCCAGAGCCCAAAGAGAUUGAUUCUUCAGGCAAUCCAUUUGAACCCUACUUGCUUGAGAUAUUGGAGGGUUUUGCAGAAGUUAAUUACCAACUGAGUUGUACACCCCCUCAGGCAACGCACAUUUCAUGGAGCUGAAAUGAAAGAAGGGCGUAGGUUGGUGGGGACCAUUGAAUUUGGUUUAUAAAUAUGAAUUUGUCUGGGUGUUAAAAAUUUUAUUCAUUUAAUUGACUUGGAAUUGGUGUGUGCAUACACAUGUAAGGUAUCAUUAACUCCUAACUUUCUGUAAAUUGCGUGCCACUCUAGUUUUGGCGUUACCAGUUCUUGGGGUUGUAAGAAUAGGACAAAUAUAGUUAUGAUACUUUUUUAUUUUAGGAUUUUCAGAAUUUUGCUACCAAAGCAGUUCGUACUUGUAAAUAAACAAAUUUCACUUAUGCAUAGCAUGUU